GUCAAAAAUGUAUAUAACGUGUUAAAUUUUAUAUGAAAUAUCAUAAAUUAUGGCGGCGCAACCAUUGGUUUUUCUUUCUGUUCAAUUUGAGGUUUUUGGCGAUGAAAAUCUGGAAAUAUUUGAGAUUGCCAAAAAGAAACUAGAAAAAUUUCCUUGCUCACUUGCCCAAAGCUUUAUAGAUGAAAUUUCUGAGGAGGGUUUCGGAGGAUUUUUGGAGGCUGAAGCUUCUCUUGAACUUGAGUUUGAAGAAUUGUUAAUCUCUGAAAUGAAAUUAAGACCUAAACAACUUAUUCAAGUGAUAUUUUCAGCAUACAAAAAAACUAAUGCUAUUGAGUGUGAGUCGGAAUUAAUGGAACCAACUGAUGAAGAACAAACCGAACAAAUAGUUGAUACCUCAGAGGUAGAAAGCAACGAUGACACUGCUGAAGACGACACUGUUUAAAUUUUCCAUAAACGGUUUUUAACUAUAUCACAAUAUGAUACUAAUUUGGUGCCUUUCAACAUUAUAUAUCUGUGCCUUAAAAUAUAUUUGGUUGAUUAAUUAAAAAAAA